CAGCGCUACCUCCCCUCUACGAACAUGCCUGCUGCCUCGACGUCAGCCAUGGGCAAGUCCGCUGGCCCAUCGUCCAUCACCAGCAAGAAGCGAUCCGCUCCUACUCCACCCUCCGCCGAGGAAGAUCUGGAUGCUCUCUUCGAAGCCUCAAUCAGGGCCUACGAAGAGGCAGCACAGGCCGACAAGGACAAGAGGCAUUUCUCCAGCACCGACGACAUCAUCAGACUUGAUGACGGUAGCGCUAACACCGGCAAGCGAGUGGACGAUAGCCAGCGGAGAGGCGUGAAUGGCAAGUCCAGCGUAGCAUCCACCUCCCAGCAAGGCCCAGCUGCUGCGCCGGACCUCAGCGACAAGGGAAAGAGGAAGGCCAUCGAUGUGCAUCUGGACAGGUUACAGAGUGAGAAGGCUCUGAGCGAAUUCAGGGGUCAGGGCAAGCGAGAAGGUCAGAGGAAGGCUCGUGAGUUGCGAGCCAAGACGGCCGGGUCAGAUUGGUACGACCUCCCCGCUUUCCCCACCGAAGAUCGCUCCUCCUCUCACGGAGCAGGGCCCAGCGCCGCCUCAUCCCGCUACACCUCCUCCGCCAGAGGCGCCACUGCCGAAGAGAUGAAGCGCGAAGUCCAAGCCAUUCGUCUUCGCAACGCAAUGGACCCGAAACGCUUCUACAAGGGUGGAGCUUCCAAGGACAAGGGAUUGCCUGCUUUCGCUCAGCUGGGGAAGAUCAUCGCUUCCCCAUUGGAGCCAAAGUCUUACAUGACAAAGGCAGAGAGGGGAAGGACAGUGGUCGAGGAGCUCAUCAAGGAUGCCGAGGCAGCUGCCUAUGCAAAGAGAAAGUACGGAGAGCACCAAGUCAAGGCUGCUGCUGGAGGCCGCGGCCACUCAAAAGCCAAGACGAAGAAGCCUGGAGAUCGCAAGAGACAAAGGCGGUAGUAGACGUGCUGAGUGGAAUACACUUGUUCACGAAUCCGAUAGCAUUGGCUGUACUGGUGUGACUCCCUCGUGUGCAUCCAUUUGAGCGAGCUUCGUCCUUACUCACGAGAUGAUGCAAUGUGACUAC